GGCUGUCGGUGCGGAGCUCGGUGCUCGGUGUCCCGCCGUUCCCUCCGGCCCGGCCAUGUCUGACCCAGCUCAGCAGCCUGCUCCCGGCGCUCCCGAAGGAGGGGCUCCCGAAGGAGGCGCUCCCGAAGGGGCAGCCCCCGGUGGGGGUCCCCCCGGGGCUCCCCCCAACCUGACGAGCAAUCGCCGGCUGCAGCAGACGCAGGCCCAGGUGCAGGAGGUGGUUGAUAUCAUGUGUGUAAACGUAGACAAGGUGCUGCAGCGAGACGAGAAGCUGUCGGAGCUGGAUGACCGGGCAGACGCACUGCAGGCCGGCGCCUCGGUGUUUGAAAGCAGCGCAGCCAAACUCAAAAGGAAGUACUGGUGGAAGAACUGCAAGAUGAUGAUCAUGAUGGGAGUGAUUGGUGCCCUCGUGGUGGUGGUGAUUGCAACAAACAAUUCUCCAUUGGUGCUGGAAUAUAAGUUCAGGACCCAAAUGAAGACCUCCAAGAGUAUGAUGCUGUUCACAAUGUAUCUUGGAGCAUGACUGGAAUAAAGGUAAGUGCCCCUUUCUUUUGCUUCACUGUACAUUUGAAACUCAUUAAAAGGAAAUGACAGAGCUUUGUCCAGUGCAGACUUCUUUUAAAAUUAGGCACUUGUGCCCUUAUCUGCCCUUAUUGCUACAAAAGCUAGGUUGUAAAACAGUCUUCCGUGUGGCAUCUGGCUCCCUCAUGAUCAAUCUUUGUCCAGUCUUAAACAUCACCAAAAUCCACACCAGAACAGUGAACACACUGGAACAACUCUCAGUGGUGAAUUUGGAAGAAGGCAGCUGGACUAAUUCUUCAAAGAUGGAAGCCCUCCUGGGAAAGGAGGGUGUCUGGACUGGCUGGUGGAUUAAAGCAGCAUGUACAGUCUAAAAUUCCACACAGUUCAGGCCUGCACAACCUGAACAAACGAGUCAAGCUACAAUUCCUGCCAAGUUUUGUGUUGUGUUCCUGUCAGUUCUCAGCCUCACUCAUGUAGGGAAGUAGGGAAGAUGUUUUCCUAGGACAGAUGCACUUUUGGACUGUUGAUGAUGCAGUGUCCAAGUCCCUAGCCAAAGCUGGGCACUGAAUGCUCAUUUUCCAAAGCUGGCAGCUGCUCUGGAGUACAGAGCUGGGGCUGAACAUACUGCUGAAAGUUGCCCCAGGGUUGAGCCCAGUUCAUGAGUCAUGUUGUGGCUGUUUGCAAAGACUUGCAUAUCUAGCCAUAAAUCCUCUGUUAGGCAUUGAAAAUACCAUCUUCUACUGGAAGCUCUUCUGAGGUGCCAUCCUUACCUGCAUCAGCAUUUCUGCUGCUCCUGCACUCUCUUAUCCCAGACAAAACAAGAGUUUAAAUGUGCUCCAAAAGCAAGGCCAAGGCUUUGGGAGUGUAGUUCUUUGUAUGUCUAAUUAAAAAGUCAAGCUCUGCCUUUAAACAUGGAACAUGUUUAACAUGCCUUGGAGCUGGAACAGGUUGCCCAGAGAAGCUGUGGAUGCCCCAUCUCUGGAAGUGUCCAGGGCUGGGUUGGUUGGGGCUUUGAGCAGCGUGGUCUAGUGGAAGGUGUCCCUGUCUGUGGCAAGGAGUUGGAGCUGAGAUGAUUUUUAACGUCUCUUCCAGCUCAAACCAUUCCGUGCAAAAUGCAGCUCCCAUAUCAACUGCUUCAUCCUGACUUCUUCAGCUGUGGUGGAAGAAAAGCCUCAGCUGUACUGCUCCUGAGUGGAUGUACCCUGAACCUUCGUAUUUGUAGAUGCCUGGGGCAUCGUUCUGGCCUUUCCUGGGGUGUCUCUGUGCUGCUCAAAGCCAGUGCAGGCUCUCGUCAGUGGUGGGGCUUGUUGUCUCAGCUGGAAAGCAACCAAAUGAUGGUGGGGAAGACAGAUUUUCUUCAGACCUGGAAUGCAGCAUCAACACUUUAAUGAGCCUGGCUUCCUUGGGAAGUGACAGAGGUCCCUGCUCUGAGGUAUCCACUGGGGCUGGAAGCCUUAACUUGGUGAAGAGAGGUAAUAAAGGGGAGGUUUUGUCUUUGUUCUGACCUCUAAACAAAUGAUUGCUCUGAGAGAUGUAACAGAUAAGGAUAUAGGUUUUACAAAUAGGCAGCUCAGCCCUGUCUGCUGGAUACCUGAGCCUCCACACUCCUGAUACUAUUUGACCUAUUUUUGGCCAGAGAUAGAGUGCAACACUUACUCAGAGCACCCAGAUUUCAAAUAUGGGCAGCUUCAUAACAUCCUUCUGUGCACAGACCCACUAGAUAAUUUCUGCAGAGGGCUACAUGACACUUCAUGCUCUUCCCUCAGAGGCUUCUUUUCCAAAAGCCUUUGUACUAUUUUUUAAAACUAAAUUUGCCAUAAACGUAUUAAGAAUUUAAUAAAGAUUAUAAGCUCUUUUUAGUGCAUUGCUUUUAAGCAUGACUUGGAAGCUGAAGGCACUUUCUUCAAUUUUUCACAUUCUCAGUGAAACACUCCUGUUUUUUGGUCUCUUACUCCAGCACUGCUGGCCUUGCCUCUUAUUUUCAGCCAGACCAAGCUCACUAUACAUCUGCUGAGCUCACUUGUGGUCUUGCCAGCCUACAAUAAAUGUAGGGAUUAUUUCUGGAGCCUGAUUUCUCCCAAGGUGGCAAUUUUUGCACUGAUUCACAGGACGGGGAGGGCUCAUCUAUUUGCCAGCUUGUGUAACUGCUUCUUCACAUUUGUACAGGCUUUUAACUCUGGAUUUACAGCUGUCCUGAAUGGUGCCAUUGCUUUGAGUUCAUCAGUCAAAGCCCAUUUUUUUUCCAUUUUAACACUUUUAUGGAACAGAGAGGAUAUGGCUCAAACUUCCCCCAGGGAAUACAUCACCACCUUCUGCAGCUGUAUUUCUUUACUGAUGAAGAGGACUUACUGUUUCAAGUAGUUAUGCCUCUGAUUAAUCUUGCUUUAAUCACCCACUUGACUAUGCAUGAUGCAGCAGGUCUCAUCAAUUUUAUGGUUAUUACAAGGUUAUUUGUGGUUCUGUGAUGUGAAGAAUCGUGUCUUUCUCUUUGGUUACUGAGGAAAUAUGCUUACCAUAUGAAUCACUGUAUGUUUAUGGCAUACAAAGACUGUUUUAAGGUGUUGCACCUGCUCUUUAUCCUUUCUUAAUUUGAAGGUGGCUUUGUGAAGCAAACAGCUUUGUGUCCAGUGUCAGGUUUUUGCUCAUUCAUGUGCUAGAAAACACCCAAGGCAUCAGUCUGCAGUACUGAAUUUGUGACCAAGAACUGGGUGCAGCAUCCUAGCUCCUCUAUCUGCCUGCCUUUUGUAUUUUAAUUGUGGCCAAAGCUACUUUCAGCAACUAAACCUAGCUUUUACCUCUGCCUCUUGGGCAGUGUUUUUACAGAACAUGAAACUACCUUCACAGAGGUACUUUGAGAUUUUGAGAUUUCAUUCAUUGCUCACUCUUUUUUACUUCAUUUAGAAAAUGGAUUUUUUUCAUGUUUGCAGAAGCUCUGGGGUUUUUUUUUUUCUAAUGUGGGCCUCCAAGGAGGAAUUCAUGUUUCCACACCUGUAAGUGCUUGUUGCAGGCUCCUCCCUCCUGCUGGGCUGCCACCCUUACUGAAGGACACCUCCCAAAUUACUAGCUUCUCUUCCUAGCAGAAACAUUAUCUUCACUUUCAAACAAGAGUUAUCAACUGAACACUGGGAUAAAAUUUGUAAAACCAGGAAUAUUUGUGCAAUAAAGAACAUAGCAUUUGUGUGUGUGUGUGAAGAAGAAUAAAAUCACUCUCUAAUGGGAACAGGAAAAUGCUUUUAGGUAAUCAAGGCAAGAGCAGUACAACCAGCAUGUGUUUAGCAUCUCAAAGGGAAAAAUUAGGCAAUAGUUUAGACACUGCAGUAAACUCCUCCAACUUCCCAAGGGCAGUGCCUCUACCUUAAACUUUAAAAUAGCUUGAGUUUUUCUUUUGUUAUGAUUAACUAGUUUUUAAAUUCAAAAGUGGCUGUUCACAGUGUGACUGGUUACAGGGUUCCACAGGUCUUUGCCUAAACUGCUUAAAUUCUGGUAUCUCUGUUUGUCCUGUGAAGUGGAUAAUCCUGUUUUUUAAGGACAUCACCCUUGCUCUCUUGAUACCCCAUAAAGUGCAGAGCAAACACCAUUGCAGCAGAAGUCUGAGUAUUUGUAAGAAAAGACUAUGGCAAGCUCACUGCAAGAAACCUCUUCUCAUACAAAGGUCCUCAUGUUAGUUCCUGAGAAGAGGACCAUUUUUGCCCGUGUGGUCCAAUCAAAUAGGCUAAAGUUUUCCUUGGAAACACUUUUGAUUAGAGCCUGCAGUACUUUCCUGUGCUUCCCUCAGGAACAAGAGGCUCAGCAGAAUUUCUGUGGGUGGACCAGACAAGGGCUGGGAGGAGCAGAACAUGCACUGCAUGACCUGCGCUGCUCUGAGCCUCUCUUGCAGGAUCCCAUUGCAGCAGAGGUUACAUUUGGGAUUUUUGGAGAGUGUUCAUAAUCCUGCCAAACUCUCUUUGUUUCCCUCAGGAAGAAAGCAGGGAGGGUCAAGCAGUUGUAGAGAUUGCCAACAGCCCUGGGACAAAUCAAACAAUCGAAUAGCUGGAUGUACACAUGUAUGUGCAUCCCAAGGAAGGGGGACACCCAAGAUCUACCAAUGGCACAAAGGCAGCUUGAAAAGGGAGCCUUUACUUUGCCAGGGGUGUUUUGUCCCUGACCUGGGAGUGGCAGCAAGCACCUCUCCAGAGCACUGUGUGUAAUACAGAUUAAGAUCGUGCCAAUGGCUCUUGUCUCAAGUAGCCUGUCCUUGAGGAGAGGAGAGGGUAGGUGACACAGUCUUGAGAUCAGAGCUCAUGAAGAAUGAGGAAAGAGCAACCAGUUUAGGGAAAGCUUAACGAAGCUCAGCCUGUUGAGACAUUUGUACUCCAGCUAAGACUCCAUUCCUGUUCCUUGUC